UUGGAUGCCGGUGAUCAAGCACGGGACCGUGGAAUUUGUAGAAGUGCAGCAACAAUCCAGCAAGUCUGUUUGAGAACGUCCUGAGUGCUGCAAACUAGACACCAGUCCUGGAUCCGUACAGCUGCCUGCCCAGUGCCAUGAUAAGGAAGGAGACCUCCAGAUCUUACCAGGAGCUAAAUGAUGAAACCGAGCAAGUACUGCAGGAUCCAGAGAUGCAGGAAGACCUGGAGGAAGAAGAUAUGGAACAGGAAGAUGCCAUCUCUGCUGCUGUGCCAGAAACCGAGAUGGACAGAAAUGGCUCCCCUUUCCGGUUCAGCAGAAGUUGCUUGAAAAACUUUUUUUCUGUGCUGCUGAUCUUUGUGUAUUUGAUGCUGAUGGCUGUAGCGGUCUUUCUGGUUUAUCAGACAAUCACUGACUUCAAGGAGAGGCUGAAACACCCAGUCAUGUCUGUAUCAUAUAAGGAGGUUCUCAUGUACGAUGCUCCUGGUAUUGCCCUCUACCCAGGCAAAGCUCAUCUACUGAGCUGUAAGCACCAUUUCUACGACCACAUCCCAGCCUUGAAAAACCCCGGCCAGCAAGGAGAGAUUUCAUGUGUGACUCUCACAGUCAACUACACUGACCCUUUUACCAACCAUACUAUGAAACAGGCACUUAUAGUACAAGGCCCUCGUGACGUCAGGAAAAGGGAAUUGGUGUUCUUACAAUUCCACUUGAAUGAAACUAUGCAAGAUUUCAGUGCUAUUGAUUACCUGCUCUUCUCAUCAUAUCAGACAUUCAUUGCAAGUCACAACAAAGAAAAAUUCAUGCAGGAUUGUGAGAGUACAUAUUCCAGCUGGAAAUUCUCAGGAGGGUUCCGAACUUGGGUAAAAAUGUCUUUGGUUAAAACAACAGAUGAAGAUGGCAGUAAAUCGGUGGAAUUUAGACAAGAGACAAGUGUUGUGAAUUACAUUGACCGAAGGCCAAAUAUAGAAAAAGGGGAUCAGCUGUUUUUUGUCGUGUUUGAAUGGAAAGAUCCUUAUAUUCAAGAAAUUCAAGAUAUAAUCACUGCCAACUCCUGGAGCAUGAUUGCUCCACUGUGUGGAGUUUUUUUGGUCUUAUUUAAAGCUGCAGACUUUGCCAAACUCAGCAUUAAGUGGAUGAUUAAAAUCCGAAAGCGGCAAAUGAAAAAAAGAGCCAGGGAAUUGAACCACAUCAGCUGAAUUUGUACCAACCUGACUGACUUGCGGGAGCACUGGAAGAAAGAAAAAAACAGCAUAUUAUGAGGACAGAAUUGUCUUUAAAUGCAUAGGAACGCGAUUUACACCAUGCGUUUAAAGAGCCGAUUUUAAAUGUCACCUGCUAUAUCUUAUAGAAGAAGCAUUUUACGUGUCCAACUUAGUUUGCCUAACAAAUUUCAUUUUGUUCCGUUUAUAAGGAGCUGUUCAGAAUUAGUGCAUUGCUGGCAAUGCAGUAGAAUAGAUAUAAACAAAGUUAGCAGAGAUUCUUAUCGUGCCGCAUCCCUACAUAACAGAUAGUUGUUGCAAUGCAAAAACAACGUAUGAGUAAAAGAUGCUCAGUUUAGUGUGCGUGAGGGAUUGUGGGUAUUCUAUGAUUUGCAACUUUAUUGUUACUUCAGUGACAUGCAGUAAAAUGCAUAAAUAGAGGGAAUGUAAGUAUUUAAUUAUUUUAAAUUAAAGGGAUAGUCUAGUCAAAGUUAAACUUUCAUGAUUCAGAUAGAGCAUGCAAUUUCUCUUGUUAAGUGUAUCCAG